UUAUUACAUUACAUUAGUGUGACAAAGUUACUUGGUCACUUUCUCAGUAACUUGGACUCAGUCAUGUCAAACACCGGGGCCGCCAACAGCAGUUUAGUCAUCGCCCAGAAGGCAGUGAAACAGCUUCGUCUAGAGGCCAGUGUCCGUCGGAUAAAGGUUUCUCAGGCUGCUGCAGAACUGAAGACCUUCUGUUUGCAAAAUGCCCACAAAGACCCUCUCCUCACCGGGGUGCCCUCCAGUGAUAACCCAUUCAGGCCUCCCAAGUCAUGUGUCCUGCUCUGAGGGGGCUGUGAAGUGAGUGCAAAACACUUGGACGCCUGAUCAUUCCAAUGUGGAUUUCUGUCAUGUGCCCCACUGCCUCUGAGGAUAACGAAGCCUAGACCAUACACACACACAGAUCGUCCCUGGAGCAGUUAUGGAAUGGUGCUGACAUUUUCAGCAGAAAAAUGUUUCAAAUGUAUUCUACAUAUUUUGACAGAAUGUGUUUCUGUAUGUUUAUAAUACAAGCCACUGGUUUCAUGUUUUGCUCUUUUCAGGGUUCAGAGGUCUUUUACCACUUGUUUUACAGUAGACCUACACUUUUUACAGUGGUUGCAGAUACCAGAUUCCUUUAAAAUUAGUUUCUAUUUGUGAACAUUGCCCAAAGCAGAUCUAAAAGAAAUCGGAUCCCAUGUCUUUUAUCUUGUAUAUAUUUGUAAUGUACACUGAACAAAAUUUUAAACACAACACUUUUGUUUUUGCCCCCAUUCGUCAUGAGCUGAACUCAAAGACUUUCUCUGUGUACACAAAAGGCCUAUUUCGCUCAAAUAUUGCAUAUCAAGAUGCCGAUCAGAUAGCAUAAACUCUAAUUCAUCCUCAGCACUGCUCCAGUGAUGAUAAUUUAUUUCUGUUUACCAUUUUUCAUAAUUGAUUCUUUAUUCAUGUAUAUUGUCUGCUAUGUAGUAGAAGGGAGUUACAAAACUCCAUUUCACUCUACAACUUGUUGCAUUGUGACAAUAAACCUACCUACCUAUUGCACAGGCAUAGGUAGGCUGGCCACAAUAAAAGGCCACUCAAAAAUGUGCAUCAUUUUUUCCAGUGUAUAUUAUGUACAUCGGUGCCAUGAGCAAAAACCAAAACUGGGUCAUUUACACCAGACAGACCCCCACCAACUGCAUUGGCAGUACCUAACAAAAUUCAAAAGGACUAUUUAACAGCUGUUUUGAGAUAUUGAUUUCUGUCAUUAGAGCCUUUAGAUGUCUGGAAUCAAUCAUUUUGUUCUCGCUAGGCAAACAUAAUUUAUAAAACAAAAGGAACCUUUGGUUGGGAAAAGAGGAAGAAUGUAAACCUGACAAGCUGUUGUAAGAUGAUAAGUAACUACUGAUCUUGUUGCUCACAGUGUGCCCACAUGGCCCCGUUUGUACAGUUCAAAAACCUCUCACCUUAUGUGCACUGUUAAACCAUUAAAGGUUACCAUGUGUUUGUUUUUGUCAUCUGUCUAUGAAGCUGUUUCUGUAUUAACUAUAAUACAGUAAUGUUUUAAUAAUGUUUAAGUAUUAACUAUACCAAACUUAACUGAUGGAAAACUGUUUCAAAGCAUACCGCAGAGGAAUUAUGUUAAAAUAAUGUGUUUCUUACUGUCUGGUAAAAUAAGUAUAACAAAACAUGUUUACUUGGAAUUUCAAGACCUGUCAGUGCUCAGUUGUCCUAGAUGCCAUUAUGUGAUGUCACAUACAUACAUUACAUUGCAGCAUACUUUAAGCUUUGCAUGACUUUGUCUUUGAAACAUAAAGCUGCACUUUGACAAAGUGUAAUUAGGGUGUUGAUGUACUUUGAAGUGGAAUAGAGCAUCAAUAUGCAAUUACUGUGACCAUGCUACUUUUGUCUUACAAUGACGAUCUGAAAAGUGGACACGGGUAGAAACAAUGGAUCGAGUUAGAGAGUAAGCAAUGAGAUAUUUUGUCUUAACUGAAAACCUUGAUCCCUAUAUUAUCUGAAUGUACAUAAUAACCAGUAAAUGUUUUACAAUGCCAUGUUAUCAAACCUGCAAACUGUUCUGUUUAAUAAAAUCUUUGCGCUCAUGG